GGCCUAGUGUAUGUGAUGUAAGUGGAUCCCCCUACAGCAAGAUAUACGAAACCAUUKGUUUGCAUGUUACUAUCACAAACACCAAAGAAAGAAACAACGCACAGACCAACAAAUGACAAUGGCACCCAGCAAACGCCACACGCAGCACAAGCACCACGCUGACAACAAUGUCCGGAGACAGCUCUUUCGGAGCCCCAAUGCACUGCCGACAUUGUCAUCGGCGUGUUGCCGUGGUCCGUCUUCCCCGGCACUUCUAACAUCCUUUUCGAGCCGGUACACAGUGACAGUUAUUACCAUCCUCGCCAUGUCGAGCGUAAGCUUCGGGAUCAUAGCGGGGAGCUCUGCGACCCUCACACCACCAGACGAUGCCACGCAGUCGGUCGUUAUCAAAAAAGCAGAGUACAUGAACAGCCUUGAAGAUCGCGGUGCAAAACAGUCUCUCGCGAUUGGAAAAUACCCUAAUCCAUUCAAAGACCCAUCAUCAGAUAUUACGGUCCACCAAAUCUACGAGCCCUCGAUGCUCGAGGCCUAUGUGAUAGAAAACGGCAGAACAAAUGAGCGAUUGGGCUAUGAUCGAGAGAUGAAACUACUGAGAGAUGAAGGCAACAAACAAAUCCUCCKGRCCYAUAUGGAAGAAAUGCCGAGCGGCUGUGAGUUGUGGACGGAUCCGACUGUAUCUGUUGCCGCAAACGGUGCUUGGGGAGCAAAGGACAACCUUAUCUACCAGGGCUUACAAGUCUAUCGCGCCGAACUCGAAGAGUACGAUAGACUMCUUGCCAAUUGGAAAUGGAACUACCAGAUUGGUGACGAUAAUGUGGAUGGUACUAAACACGACUUGCGGAAUUAUCUUCCCGCAAGCAGCGGCAACAAUGAGGAUGACGAGACACACAACAGAGCGGUCUGUGAUUCCUUAGAGGUUCAUCCUGAUGGCUUGAGAGGAGUCUUCAAAAGCGAGGCCUCUCUGUCGAAACUCCCGUGGACUUCCAGGAACAAUGGUGCCAAUGAAAGCGUCCAUAAGCAGCACGGCGGAUUUAUCGAACCGUUCUUGCCACCCCUGAGGCAUCCUGAGUUUUGUUUCGGCCCAUCGACGUCGAAUAUGUUCGGAAUCAACACCAGCGAAUUGCUCAGCUUAGGAUACCUGAUCCACGACUUUGCCACGCUCUGCAAAAACCACAUCUCGAAAUACAGCCGAACCGUCUUCGUCGAUUUCGGUGCCGCCCUCGAUUUCCACAAMMMGSAAGACGAGAACCCCACGCCUUCAAUUGAGCUCCUGGAACUCUACCAACGAUUCGGCAUUGUCUUCGACCACAUCUAUGCGUACGAACUGGAGMCCAAGGACCCGGCGUUGGUGUAUGAAGCGAUCCCAGAUAACUUCAAGGCGGCCUACCACUGGUACAACGUCGGUGUCGAAUCCGAUUGGAAGUCCUAUCGCAACCCGUUGCGGAUGAUCGCCGACACCUUUGGCCCGGAAGAUUUCAUCGUCGUCAAGCUUGACAUUGACACGUCGAGCAUUGAGAUUCCGCUGGCGAAGCAAUUGCUCGAAGAUCCGGACUUGGCCGGCCUGGUGGACGUCUUGUAUUUCGAACACCACGUAACGAUGAAGGAACUGGCACCCUUCUGGAAAYACACCAUGAUGGGGUCGAUGCAGGAUUCCCUCGAGUUUUUUACCAGCCUCAGGGAACACGGAAUCGCUGCCCAUUACUGGGUAUAGCGUGCUAUGGCAGGAUGCCACGGGAGAAAAAUACCAAAGAAUACUAUACYGAUCAUGCCAUGACAACACAAACGAGGUGAUGCGAUCAUGACAGGAGAUAGAAAAAAAUAAAAAGCUGGAUCUGGAACAGACCACGUCUGAUAAAUAUCUUUUGACAACUACACUUGUUAUCAAGAAGUAAUAAUAAGUAUUAUAUGCA